AUGAGAGCAUUUGUUCAACCAGCUUUACAAUCAAACACAUUUAUUAAAUCACCAGAACCUUUACAAAUCACAGUCUGGAUAAUAUCCGAAGGUAUAUACACUUCACCAAAUCCAUUAAAAGUUAGACUAUGGACCAAUAUCAAAAAUUCAUUUGAAUCAAUUGGAUGGCUAGAGCUUGAAUUUAAAGAGAUUUUGACAAUUAGUGAUAAUGAAGAAGAUUUUAUGCCAAUAAUUGGAUGUCAUCAGGAUGAGGGUUAUCGAAUAUUUCAAUGUACUAUUGAUACUAAAAAUGUUCAGGAAGGAUGGUAUGAAUUUACUGUAAAAGUUCAGGCAUUAGUUGAUUAUCAUGAUCAUUAUUGGGAAAAAAGUCAAGGAAAUGAUGAUAGUGGAAUUAAGAAUAUUUUCAUCAAAGAUUUUGAUAAAGAUAAGGAUCAAGACAUUAGAUAUUUUAAUAGAUAUAAUAAAAGAAAUAUUGAAUGUUGGAUUAUAAAAAAAUUAGUUAAAUUUAAUAAUGAAAAUGGUGGCAAUGAAAAAUUAAUCAAUCUUGGUAAAAUUAAUAAUUUUUUAAGAUAUUUUGGGCUUGAAAGACUUGGGGUUCAUUGGCUUGUACCAACAAUUGGUUUAAAGAAAUUAGAUAAAAUCAAAUCUUCAAAUAAUUUACUUUAUUUGAUAGUUCAACAAUCUACGGGAAAUUACUUGGUAUUUAUUCCAAUCACAACUGAUGAUUAUACAACUAGUUUUACAUCAGAUGAUCAAGGUAAUUUAACUUUAAGAGUUUUGAGCACAACAACAACAAGUGAUCAACAAGAUUCGUUGGAUGUUAGUUUUGCUAUUGGACUUGGUCCAGAUAAUCCUUAUGAUAUUUCUCAAAUUUGUAUGAACAUUAUUAAAGAAGAAUUUUAUGAAAGAGUAUCACAUCAAGAUGUUUUGAGAGUUUUGGAAUCAUUGAAUUCUAAUGGAAUCAAAAUUGGAUAUUUAUUAUUAGAUGAUGGAUGGCAACAAACAAAUAAUGAAAAACAAUUAAAAGAUAUUGAGGCGGAUCAGUAUAAAUUUCCUCAAGGAUUAAAGGGUUUUAUUGAUGAAGCUAAAAGAAAGUUCCCAUACUUAAAAUAUUUUGGUGCUUGGCACACAUUAUGGGGAUAUUGGGACGGAAUAGAUCCGAAUUCAAGGAUUUCGUUAAAUUAUAAAACAAAAUUAAUCAAUCUAGAAGAUCAUGAUCGCAAAAUCAAUCUAAUAAAGCCUAAUUAUAUCAAUCAAUUUUAUAAUGACUUUUAUAACUAUCUUCAUGAACAAGGCAUAAAUAUUGUAAAGGUUGAUUCACAAUCAAGUUUUGAUUUAUUACUAUCAUCAACAACAACUACUUCAAAAAAUUAUGAAUAUUAUAAUUGGUGGAAAGAUUAUCAAUCAUCAUUAAGAUUAAAUACUUGUAAAUACUUCAAUAAUAGAUUGAUUUAUUGUAUGGCAAACAAUUCUGAUUCUUGGCAUAUAUAUACAAAUACAAUGAAUAACAUUUGGACAAGUCUGUUUGAUUGGAUUCCAGAUUGGGAUAUGUUUCAAUCUGCUAGUGUAUUAGGCUCGUAUCAUGCAGCAGCUAGGUCGAUUUCAAAUUGCCCAAUCUAUAUUACAGAUUAUCAAAAUUCUCAUGAUAUCUCUAUUUUAAAAAAAUGUAUUAUCAAAUCACCUUCCUUAUCAAUACGACCAUCGCCAUCUUCAUUUUCUUCUUCUACUACUUCAGUAACAGAAUCAAGAAAUUUACCAGAUAAAAUACUUAGAUCAAAAUUACCAGCCUUACCAUCACUUGUCAAUUUAUUCGUAAAUCCAAAAGAAAUUAAUAGAUUAUUAAGAAUCAUAAACUUUAAUGGCAAUAAUAUUGGUGUUGUAGGAUUUUGGAAUUGUAGAGAUGUUCGAGUGUUGGAUACAUUUUGUUUAAAUGAAAUAUUCACCAUUAAGAAUAACUUUCGUAAUAAUAGUGAUUAUAAUAACGUCAAGUGUUGUAAUAAUAUUAAUUGUAAUGGUUAUAAUUGUUGUAAUUGUUUAGAAUAUGCUUUAUAUUCUCAUAACAAUAACCAUUCAAUUAAAUCAUCAUCACCAAUUAGACUGUUAGACAAUUCAAAAUUUAAUAAACAAAUACCAAUCAUACUAAAUCCAAAAUCUUUUGACAUUUUAACAAUUUCACCAAUCAAAAAAAUAAAGUUACCAAUAACAUCAUCAUCACAAUUGACGGUCAGAAUGACAUCAUUUGGUUUAAUUGACAAAUAUAAUGGAUCAAAAGCGUUAAUUAAAUUAGAAAAUUCGUGCUUUAUAUCAUCAAAUUUGGAAAGUAAUCCGCUUUUGCCAAAUUAUAAUUUCAAAUACAAGAAUAAUGACGUCAGAGUGAUUUAUAAUUGUGAGUUGAUGUUUGGAAUCGGGAUUUGUGGAAUUUAUUUAAAUAUUAUUGAAGAAGAAAUUGGAACCGGCGUGGGUAGAAGUGGGAAGAAAGAAAUCGGUGCAAAGAUGAUUAAAGCACAUAUUGGAAAUCAAUUAAUUAAAAGUGAAAAUAUAAAUUAUGAUUUUGAACAAAAUUUGAUUUUAGUUAAUAUUUCAAAUGAUGAAUUAAAUAAAUUUUUAACUAAUAUUUACGGUAAUAAUUAUGAGGACAGUGAAGGUGAUGAUGAUGUCAAGGCAAAAAGUUGGAAUAGUAACAAUAUAAAGAAAGAUUUUAUUGAACUUUUUAUUGAAGUGUUAAUUCAAGAAUAA